UGAUCUGCUUUUGUGCUAAAAUGGAGGCUGGCCUCUCGCCCUGAGUGGAUCGCCUUCCUGGUUGAGGUUUAGAUGUUGACAUGCAAUAAAGCUGGAGACAGGAUGGUUGUGGAUGCACCUAAUUCCAAUGGGCCUUUUCAGCCGGUGGCUCUUAUGCACUUCAGAGAUGUGGCCCCCGCAGAGCAGGAGAAGCUCUUCAUCCAGAAGCUACGGCAGUGCUGUGUUCUUUUUGACUUCCUGUCCGACCCGCUGAGCGACCUGAAAUGGAAGGAGGUGAAGCGGGCGGCGCUCAGCGAGAUGGUGGAGUACAUCACCCACAACAGGAAUGUCAUCACAGAGCCCAUCUACCCGGAGGUGGUGCACAUGUUUGCUGUGAAUAUGUUCAGAACAUUGCCUCCAUCGUCCAACCCCACUGGAGCAGAGUUUGACCCAGAAGAAGAUGAGCCAACACUUGAAGCUGCGUGGCCACACCUCCAGCUCGUCUAUGAAUUUUUCCUUAGGUUUUUAGAAUCGCCUGACUUUCAGCCUAACGUAGCAAAGAAAUACAUUGAUCAGAAAUUUGUUAUGCAGCUCCUAGACCUAUUUGACAGCGAAGAUCCCAGAGAGAGAGACUUCCUUAAAACUACCCUCCACAGGAUCUAUGGAAAGUUUCUGGGGCUGAGAGCAUACAUCAGAAAACAGAUCAAUAACAUUUUCUAUAGGUUUAUCUACGAGACAGAGCACCAUAAUGGUAUAGCUGAACUACUGGAAAUACUUGGAAGCAUAAUCAAUGGAUUUGCCUUACCACUAAAAGAAGAGCACAAGAUUUUCCUGUUGAAGGUUUUAUUGCCUCUGCACAAAGUCAAAUCACUCAGUGUCUACCAUCCACAGCUGGCCUACUGCGUGGUGCAGUUUUUGGAAAAGGACAGCACUCUAACUGAGCCGGUGGUAAUGGCUCUUCUAAAGUACUGGCCAAAGACUCACAGUCCUAAGGAAGUGAUGUUCCUCAAUGAGCUGGAGGAGAUUCUGGAUGUCAUCGAGCCCUCUGAGUUCGUAAAGGUGCAGGAGCCUCUCUUCAGACAGCUGGCCAAGUGUGUGUCAAGCCCGCACUUCCAGGUUGCAGAGAGAGCUCUGUACUACUGGAACAACGAGUACAUCAUGAGUCUGAUUAGCGACAACGCAGCUAAGAUUCUGCCGAUUAUGUUCCCCGCUCUGUACCGCAACUCAAAGACCCACUGGAAUAAGACCAUCCACGGCCUCAUUUACAACGCUCUGAAGCUUUUCAUGGAGAUGAAUCAGAAGCUCUUUGAUGAUUGCACACAGCAGUUCAGGGCUGAGAAAAACAAAGAGAAGGCAAAGUCAAAAGAACGCGAAGAGGCUUGGAUCAAGAUCGAGAACCUCGCCAAAUCAAACCCACAGUUCUCUAUGUAUGUUGAUUCCUCUGACCUCAAUAGUCCUGUAGCAAUGGAGACGGAUGUUCCUUUGAUAGAAGAUGUUCAGAGGUUAAAAAAGACAGUUGAGGAGGGCGCGACUCAGUUGCAACAUGAGCAGCGGAAAGAGCGGCCUAUGGUGCGACGCAAAUCUGAGUUGCCUCAGGAUAUCUACACCACAAAAGCCUUGGAGUCCCACCGCAGAGCUGAAGACAUGUUGACCACCCACGAUGGACUCUAGGUCCCACGACCUACCGGCUCUUGGUUCAACUGCCCCUCCUUACUCCUUACCCUCAACAGCCAUGGACAUCCUUUUAGCCUGGUCGCCAGAAUUAAACUGGUGACCCACGUUGGGCUCUCCAUCCCUCUUCCCACCAUCAGUUUACCCAGAAUCCUUAGUUCUUCUCCAUUCCUGCUGCCCUGACCCUAUCAUCAGUGCAGCACACUGGGCUUAUGACUAGUGCACAAGCCCUGUAUUCACCUCCCUCAGAUUUCUGCUUUCUCAGGUUAAAUUUUUUUUUUAAUUAUUAUUUUAAGAGGGGCGGGAGUGUGUUUGUGUGUCUUUUAGCCUUCGCCACAUUAAAUGUGCUCUCCCAUUAUUUUUGCAUCAGUUCCUCCCACCCUCCUUUAUCCCUCCAUCCCCACGUGCGCUCACUGUAAAUGUGGAACCCGGGACUAAGGACGCCACAGCGCUGGUUCCUUCAUUCCUUCUUGCAUACAUGUUCACAAAGGAUUGGGACAUGGAAACAUAGGAACUGACUGACUCACUCACUGUCUAAGGAUCCUCUUUUGGUCUCUGCUUGGUUUUCUUUUCUGUCAAAGGGAACAAAAACAGAACCUGUUGGUCAAAUGAAAGACAAGACUUUCCUGUCAUCUGUUGUAUGUAUUUUUUUCCCCCUUUUUUUUUUUCAGGCUCAAUCUAACAGACAUCUUGUCGGUGCCAAGUGUUCUUCUAUGUUUAUUUUGGUUCAUGGGUAUGUAUCUGUGACUUUAACAGGGACACUUGCCUUUGUUUUUGGUCACUGGUGUUUGAAAGAUUUAUUGUUGUUGUUUUUUUUUCAGUUUAGCACACUUAAGACCAAACUGAGGCCUGUCCUUAGCCUUGCAAUGUCCAGGAAGACAGCGAAGGAAAGGGAAAGUUGUCCUGUGGACAUCUGUCACUUUCCGUUUUAUUGUUUUGUGCCAUAUGCCGCUCUUUUAUAUGCUUGCUUCCUUACGUUCACUGGCAAUAUUUGAAAAGCAGACCAUAGUGAUGCCUAGAAAGUUCAAACAAUGGUACUUACUAUAUUUGAGUUUUGUAGAUGAUGGACUCAGUUGCACAUAACAGCUGCAUAUUGAAUAGAGAGGACAGCACAGAUGUGGGAUGUUCAAGCUUAGUGGUGGGUUAUAUUUAAAUAUAUAUAUAUAUAUAUAUAUAUAUACUGUAUGUACACAGUAUAGUGUAUAAUGAAUAUCUUUGUAAAGGAAAUAUAAUCAGAGAUCAUUUUUUUUUAUUAUAUUGAAUGGAAGAGACAGAUCUGUACUGUCACACAGCUCCAUUCACUGUCAGGUUUUAGAAGCCGUUUCAAAGUUAGGACUUUCAUUCUCUGUUGCUUUUUUCAAGAGCAUGAAGGUGGUAUUGUCUGAUUUUUAAAUCAUAAUUAAUUUAUUAUUAAACAUAAGCUAGUUAGUAGCUAUUAAUGACAAAUGAUAUCAAAUGAUUAAUGCACAAAAUUACUUGAUGAGAACUGCCAAAACCAAAAAUCACUUCCUCAAAAUUUAAAGGUGUUGCUACUGUUCCUGAUUUCAGUUGUCUGGUUUGCAGAUUGUGUGUGUUAUAUCCUUCUCAGUGAGGAAGUUCCUGAUUAGGUUAGAAAAAUAUCUUGCAGUCAGUACCAUUGUUUAAACUGAGGAGGUCUGCUAGAGUUCUUCAUAUUUGAUGUGCUGUAUUUCUUUGUCUUGUCCCUGGAGGUUAGUAGCGUGGAUGUCAGGUUUUGGAGGUUUUUUUUUGUCCCUGGCCAUUCAGACGCUAUAAACAGACUGGUAUCAAAUGGCCACAAAAAUGCCAGAUGCUGAAAAUAAACUGACAUUGUUACUUGGCUUGUUCAUUGUAUUAAUACUGUAUUUGCUUGAAUGCAAAAAGAUGUAAAUUAAAACUACCAUGUUAAACAUGUACCUUUUACCCUGGAGGAAUGCCAUUCACCAAACUGAUUUAUUUCUGUUGUUGAGGUCAUUGCAUUUAGAAAACAGUCCUGCUUGUUUGGAGAGAUGUUUUAUGGAUUUUAUGAGUUUGAGUCUGAGCUUUUAGAGGUUUAUUUUAGUGCUGAUAAACAAGUCGUCCACAAUAAUGAAAGAUGAUUUAAAAAAAUUAUUCGGUGACUUGUUCUCAUUCUGCAGGAUCUUUGCAGAUCUUUUCAUUUUAACAUAUUAUUUCCAAAACAUAACUUAAAGUGUCCUUUUGUAUGUGACCUGUACUAUAUGAUUCAUUUAAUAUUGUAUAUAUGAUUUACCUUGUUUCAUGUAGUGUUAUAUAUCUAGAUUAAUUUUGUACAAAUUGUCCCUCCUGUACAGAAUAAAACAUCAAUAGCAAGUGAAAGAAAGUCGAUCUGGCACAUACCGUCUUAUUUUCCCUUUUUGUGUUGGUCUUCUUGCAACACAAGGAUUUAGACGAUUCUUAUUUUUAAUGUUGAAAUCUGUAAAGUUUCCUCCCUCCUCUAAAUAACUGACAAAUGUUCAUGCCUGUUGUGUGCUCCUGUCGCUGUAUUUAGUGGUGUACA